UUGUUUUUUGUGUGCGGUGUGUACUGUGUUUAUUCUUCAUCUCCUUUGUUCCUGGUGGGGCUCCAAGAUGCCUGAAUAUAAGUCAUCGUUCCCGGAAACGUCGGCGUAAUUCUCGCGAUAGAUCGCGCGAACAAGAUCUUGGAAUUCGCUCGCGCGAACGCGAUUUGGAAGUUAGGCCGCGAGCUUCCUCACGCGAUGCUUCCCUCUCGUCGGGAGCGGAUCCCGCCAUUAUCUUGCACGAUAUUUUGGCCUUCAAGAAGAUCCAACGGGCUUCCGCAUCUCUGCCUGCCGACAACGUCCGGUCUGUUCCCGUCGUCGCGAUGCAGGUCGCUAGCCCUACCCUGGCGGACGAUGCUCUCAUCGCCGUUCCAGAGGACUUGCAGACAGAUGAGCAUCCAGUUCUUGAGAACCAGGGCGGCGUACCAGCGGGCCAGCCUCAGUCAGCCACUGUCUCCUUCGUCGAGUUUUCUCCACUCCCUUUGGAGCUAGACGACAUUCUCAUCGACGUUCCAGAGGACUCGCAGGCAGAUGAGCAUCCGGUUCUUGAGAACCGGGGCGGCGUACCGUGAAGAAAAUUGUCGCCACUGUAAAUUUUUAAUAUUUCAUAUUUAUUACUUGUAAUAUUAGAUUUUAUAGUUGAAAAAAAUGUGCAAACAGAUAUAAUGACCUAAGAGCCGGUAGUGAGUGUUCUUGAAAA